GUGUCUCCACGCUGGUUUUCUGCAGCGACUGUGAAACUUGCAUCAGCCGGUCACUCAGUUGUUUGAAGGAGUGGACGCAACAUUAUGGACAGAAACUGCUAAUUAGGCUGCAUGUUAGAGACAUUUGAAAGCAGGAACAAGCAGUGGACUCUGUUAUCUGUGGUCAGCAGCAUCCAGGUGUUUCGGUGUGACCAAAGUGCAAGGUCUCGUCUCAGCGCAGAUAUGAGCUGUGAGCGGCUCUGACACGGCUCUUCACUUCACCUCCUCACAUCACCUGCAUUAGCCUUUUACACGGCUAGUUUGUAUAAGACAAUUUUACUCUGCAACUAAGAUGUCGAGUCUUUUAUUUGGAGCCAUCCGGAGACAGGGUAGUGUUGGGGCAGGUGUCAGGAUUCGGUCACUGGCCUCAAUCCCCUCGCUGCCCCCAGCGGUGACUGAGUUUGUGAAGGGAGCCGUGGAGGAGUGUAAGCCCGCUGGUGUACAUGUGGUCACGGGAACGCCAGAGGAAACAGCCAACAUCCUGGCAGGUCUGGAGAAGGAAGGGAUGGUCAAGAAGCUUCCCAAAUAUGACAACUGUUGGUUGGCACGUACAGACCCAAAAGACGUGGCUCGGGUGGAGAGCAAGACCGUGAUUGUGACCAAGAGCCAGAGGGACACGAUUCCCAUCCCUACUGGUGGGGUGCAGAGCCAGCUGGGAAGCUGGAUGUGUGAGUCAGACUGGCAUAAAGCCAGAGAGGAGCGUUUCCCUGGCUGCAUGGCAGGUCGGACCAUGUACGUGAUUCCCUUCAGUAUGGGUCCUGUAGGCUCCACUCUGAGUAAAUAUGGUGUCCAGCUCUCCUUCAAGGUGACAGACUCCCCGUACGUCGUGGCCAGUAUGGGCAUCAUGACGCGUAUGGGGACACCUGUCUUGAAGAAACUGGCUGAAGGAGUAGAGUUUGUCCGCUGUCAGCACUCUUUGGGACGACCUUUACCUCUCAGAGCCCCUCUGCUCAACUCAUGGCCCUGUAACCCAGACAAGGUGCUGAUAUCUCACCUGCCGGACAGUAGGCAGAUCCUGUCCUUUGGCAGUGGCUAUGGAGGAAAUUCUCUCCUUGGGAAAAAGUGCUUCGCCCUCCGCAUUGCCUCCCGCAUUGCCAAGGAUGAGGGCUGGCUGGCAGAGCACAUGCUUAUCCUGGGUAUCACCAACCCUCAGGGAGUGAAGCGUUACAUAGCAGCGGCAUUCCCCAGUGCCUGUGGUAAAACCAACUUGGCCAUGAUGAAACCAGCUUUGCCAGGAUGGAAAGUUGAGUGUGUGGGAGACGACAUAGCAUGGAUGAAGUUUGACAGCCAAGGUAAACUGAGGGCCAUCAACCCAGAGAAUGGUUUCUUCGGUGUAGCUCCAGGUACCUCAGACAAGACCAACCCCUAUGCCAUGGCCACCAUUGCCAAAAACACCAUGUUCACUAAUGUUGGUGAGACCAGCGAUGGGGGAGUGUGGUGGGAAGGACUUGCCCCACCUCCAGCCGGCAUCACACUCACAGACUGGCAUGGCAAAACCUGGAAGCAAGGAAGCUUGACACCUUGUGCCCACCCCAACUCCCGUUUCUGUGCCCCAGCGGCUCAGUGUCCCAUCAUUGACCCCCAGUGGGAGAGUGAGGAAGGGGUUCCCAUCGACGCCAUAAUCUUUGGUGGCAGGAGGCCAGAAGGAGUCCCUCUGGUCUACGAGUCUUUCAACUGGCAGCACGGGGUCUUUGUUGGAGCUGCAAUGAGGUCUGAGGCCACAGCAGCUGCUGAGCAUAAGGGCAAGGUGAUUAUGCAUGACCCCUUCGCCAUGCGGCCAUUCUUCGGCUACAACUUUGGUGACUACCUUGCUCACUGGCUGAGCAUGGAGAGCAGAAAGGCUCCCACUCAUCUGCCCAAGAUCUUCCAUGUCAACUGGUUCAGAAAGGAUGCCACCACCGGCGCCUUCCUCUGGCCUGGCUUUGGUGAAAACGCACGCGUGCUGGAGUGGAUCUUCAAGCGUUGCAGCCGGGAGAGGCAGGAUGAGGCAGCCAAGAAGAGCAUUAUUGGCUGGCUGCCAGAAGAUGGCGCCAUUGAUACUAAAGGCUUGAGUGGCAAGGUGGAUAUGGGUGCCUUGUUUGAUGUGCCCAAGCCUUUCUGGCAGAGGGAGACCAAAGAGUUGAGAGCCUACUUCACUCAGCAAGUUGGAGUUGACCUGCCAGCUCAGGUGGAGGCUGAGCUGAAGGCACUUGAGGACAGAGUACACAUGUAAAUCCCUAGUGAACCCACAACCAAUGCAGUAGUCCCUGAUGUCACAGGAUCAGAUCAUUGGGUGGAAUCAGAGUCACUGACUGGGUUUAUAUACACAGAGAAUAAAGUUUUGAACUAGGUUAGCUAAGUUAUCCUGUUUUGGUUUGAUGCAUAUAAACAAAAAUUGAAUUUGGAUUAGCUGCUUGAGAUGCUUGGUUGAGACAUUACUGUGGCAUAGAAACAUCCCGUCUCUUUUUUUAUUUUUUUCAAAAAUAAAAACACAGUUAGUGACUCUUGACUUUCUCUCUUGUCAUGUAGGUCAGUUAGGUCUGAACUGUCAAAGAUGGAAUUGGAGGAGAAGUUAAUCUACAAUGCAAUAGCUACCUGUUGGACACUACUUCACACUAAUGCUGCAACAGUGGCAGGCUGUUGCUGGGUUGGUGAUAGCAGGGAGAUUUGACUCAACGUGAAGGGUAGAUUUCUGUGAAAUUAUCAGACUUAAGAGAGAGAAGCUAAUGUCACUCUCUGCAUUCACUCAAAAAAUCUGUUAUGGUACUGGAGCACAAUCAUCAUGGCCUAGUAGUGCCUUUAAGACAUUUAACAGUACAGUCCAGGCUGCUACUGUUUAUAGGCUGAAGCACAAAGAUCUUUCUGACAAUUACUAGUUUUAACAUUUCUUCUACUCAGGAGUUUUUAAUACACUCUGGACUGUCUUGAAGGGCCCUUUAUUUUAAAUUGAGCUCGAUAUUAUGAUAUAACCUUUGUUAGAAGUCCAUUAACUACUCAAAUUUCAACUGGGCCUGAGGAUUACUUUGCAUCAUUCAUCUUGCCAAUUUUGUAAUGUUUGAUUAAAUUGUUUGAUUACAGGUGAUGUUUACACACAAUAUGUGAAAUUUUGGACCAAUAAAUGCAACUCAGAUCAUUAGGCAUUUGUAGUUGUAUGACCAGCUUUUUAUUACAAUACAAUGAGUAAAUACUUUAAAAUGCCUUGUUCAUUUUUCAGUGACAGAAAACAAAUAUAUAUGUCAGAUAUGAAAUAUGUGAUACACAAUAGAUCGGCAAAUAAGAUUAACACAUGUUACAAAAUAAUGAAAAAAUAAAAGUCACAAAAUUGAAUGACAAACAUUUCAAAAUUAAAUAUAUUCUUUUACUACA